AUGUCAAAAUCCUACAGGAAAAAGUUUUCAUUUUAUGACUCAAAAGCAAAUCUCCAAGAUCCCGACAUUCUCAACCAACUCUACGAUGAGUGUCAUGAUGAUGUCAUCACUGGAGCUCAUCCCUGCACAUUCUUGGAAGCUAUCCAGUUUGCUGCCCUUCGUUGUCAGAUUGAACUCGGCAAUUACGAUUCAAAAAAGCAUCGACCGCCAUACCUUAAAGAGAAUCUUGUGUUCUACUUGCCUCGUCAGUACACAACAGUAAAGCAUGUUGAGUCUGCAAUAUUUCGGGAGCAUGCAAAGUUUCAGGGAAUGACGAAGGCGAAUGCGAAGAUUUGUUUUGUGCAAGAGUGUCAGUCGCUUAAAACGUAUGGAGUGACGUUCUUUAUUGUGAAGGACGAUCUGGGCAGUAAGAAUCGUCUUGUUCCUCGUCUACUUGGCAUCUCUCGUCACGGAGUCCUUAGACUCAAUCAACGCACAAAAGAAAUCCUAACUCUCUGGCCUCUCUCACACAUCCAAAAGUGGGGAUCUUCACCCAACAUUUUCACAAUCGAUCUCGGAGCGUAUGGAGGUUCCCUCUAUGGCGCACAAACGAGUCAAGGCGAAAUUUUGUGUGAUCUGCUUUCUGGUUAUAUUGACAUCGUUGUCAAAAAUAAGCGACACUCAGCCAGCGACAUUUCUGAUAUUCUCGACGUCACGUCAUUUGAAGACAGCAUCCUUGCUUUAUCACCUGAUCAGAUAACUCUGAUGGCAGCCAUUGAAGACGCUCUCGGACGUGUUGAUGAAAUCCUCCAGAAUGAACGAAGACCAAUCAGUCCGUUGCCUCUUCAUGAGUGGGACUUAACGGGUGCCGACUUUUCGAAGCAGGAUGUGACGUCUCAUGUGGCAAACAUCUGUGCAUCGAGUGCAAAGAUGCUGAUGUUGACGAGUGGCGAAGUCGACCUUCCUGCAGUGGCUGAAUCAGUAGCACAACUGACUGCAAGUCUCUCUGAAGUAGUUCAAGGUGUCCGUAUGAUUGCCAGUCUCGACACCGGAUCACUCAACAAACACAAGCUCCUCGCCACAACAUACAAACUCCCAGACGCCACCAGAACACUUCUAAUGUCCAUAAAACCAGACAAAACGUUGGACAAGAAAGAGCAGAUGAACUCAUCCAGUGAACUAGGAUUCGUUGCCAUGGAUACUCUCAUUUUACUGGGUGACUGUGCGACUGCCAAAAAUGAUCAGGACGAGUUGCUGGCGAAAGUAAAGUCGAUUGCUUUGGCCGUUUCACGGCUUGUGCAGCAGACGAGGAUCGUCGCUCAACAGUGUGGGGAUAGCACAUUGCAGGUGGCAGCUGCUGAUGCUGCGAGAGUGUCAACGCUUACAGCAGCUCAACUCAUUUCCUGCACAAAGACUGUGUUGCCCUGCCUUGACAGUAAGGAAUGUCGAGAGCAGCUGAUUCAUGCAACAUUUCAAGUGAAAGCGUCACUUGAUCAAACUCUUACAGCAACACAGGCAGCAGGUGUUGAACAAACUGAAACAGAAAAUCUCUCAAGUGCGACUACGGCUGUCAGUCAGUCUGUCCAACGUUUUCUCGUCUAUUUGAGUGACCUUGAAAGAGUAACACCAGGACAACUGUUGGACCAGGCUCAAAUCAUCGCAGGUCUUGCUUGCACAAUUAUCAGCUCCAUGAACGAGGAUGCUGCCAAAAUGGAGAAGGGAGACUUGCGUGCUCGUCUAAUGGCAGCUGCUGAGCGUCUCGCCGGUGCCACCGAGAACCUAGUUGAAGCUGCAAAGGUGGCAGCUCGUAGCCCUCACAACACAACGAAUAUCAAGCGAGUCCACCAGUCUACAGAUGAAUUUCUUGAGGCGGCAAACAUUGCCACCCAAGGCUCCAUCAGAAAGAUGCUGAUUGUUGAACUAGCAACGGCAGCUGCACAGAUGGCCUCAGCUGCUCGUCAGUGCAUAGCCAACGCCCAAGUAGUGACACCAGAGAACACGAACAAACACAGUCAACAGACUCUACUUGAUACUUGUAAAGACAUUGCAAGUCGAAUGGGGAAACUUGUGCAGUUGGAUGUUACUGUUCUUGCCAUGGCAAUUUGUGUGACUACACAGUUGGGUGUUUACUGUUGUUGCCAUGUGACCGUGCACUGCAUGUUUACUGUUGUUGUCAUGGUGAAUUGUGUGAUUGCGCAUUGUAUUGCCAUGGUAACAUGUGAAAUUAAUGGUGGGGUUGUUGUUGCCAUGGCAACACAUGCAACUGCGCAGGGCAUCCGGGUAGCAAACGCCAACCCUAGCACUGCAGCUGCUCAGAUUGGACUUGUCAAUGCAGCAAGGGAGGUGGUGAUGUCAUCGAGUCACCUGAUUGCUGCUGCUUACGCGGUCAUCCCGACUGUUACAAAACUGCCACUGGCAUCUCAGCUGUCAGCAAGCACCGAGAGAGUGUCACUGUCACUGACGAAGCUAACGACGGCACUGAACCGAUUUCCCGAAUUGGAUGAUGUGGAGACUGCUGUGAGGCAAAUCGAAGAUGCACGAGAGACAUUGGAAACAGCUCCAUUUUCAUCAUCCACAUCAAUGUCAUAUGCCGAGGCUCUAGACAGCUUGAAAGAAUCCGCCAAACAGCUGCAAACGUUUGUCAAAGAAUUGGUGGCUUCGUCACAGGAAUCGUUCACACAGCUUGCCACAAGUUGCAGACUGUUGACAGGAGAACUGAACAACCUGCUGGCCAUCGGAAUGGCACUAGUUGCUGCAACAAAGGACGAGUUUUCUCAGGGAGAGAUUGUAGCACGUCUUCAGUGUGUAACGACGGAAUGUAAUCAUUUGGUGAAGUCUUCACGAGCCGUGUCGACACAUCCGACUGAAACAGAACUGGAGAGUGGAAAGGUGUCCGAUUGCGAUGAGGUCAUUAACGCUAUCAACGAGCUGAUUGACAUAUGCACAACACUGGCACCCAGCAAUGAACUCGAUGAAAAUGUUGCCGAACUUGACGAAGUCGUCAAGGAGCUUCUCUCCGCUCUCGAUUCAACUCGUCCGGUUUCUCGUGCCAGUCCCAAAACACUUCAAUUGUUGUCUUCAAGUCAUGUGGUGGUGAUGGCUGUUAGUCACGUGAUCAAGUUGAGAAAUGCUACUUGUGCUCAACAGGAGUGUGAAGAUGCUCUACGAAAAGUGGCGAAUGCUCGUAGAGUGAUUGAUAAUCCGAAUGAAACUCGAGGUUGUUUCAGUUACAGGGAGUGUUUGGAGAUGGUUAGAGAUCAGUAUAAGGUGAGAAAUUCUUCAAGAAGCAUUUGA